AUGUUACUUUAUUUCCAGUUUCACAAACCAUUUCGUAUCUUCAUGGAGAACAAAGUACAAAAAAGAUCGUGCUUUAGAAAUUGUUGUCCAAAUGGUUGUUGCGGAUACUGCAAACCGCCUACUCAAGAACAAAAACAAGUUGAUGACAUUUUGCAUGUGGACAAAGCUGUGGUGCCUACUGAUAUACCUUACGGCUUCAUUAAAUUUUAUUCUGGUGUUCGUACGGUGGAAAACACUUAUACGUGCCCAAUGCUGUCGUUCCAUCUUUAUCGUCAUGCGCAACAUCGUGCCAGGCGAGCACAAGACAACCGCACGAUGUUUUUGGACAAUAAUAAUCAAGUAUCCAUGCGUCAGGAUGAACAGCAAGCAAGUCAGUCCGAGCAAAACCAAGGUGAAGAGGAUGUUAUGAUGGUACCAUUAGAGGACAUUAUCAACGUUAGUUUCAAAGCUGAAUUUACAAAAAAUAUCGAUGCCGAUGUUAAAACAACAAUUGAACCAACAUACGAACGAAGUGAGAACUGCUGUGAUCGUUGUGCUGCUCCAAUCAUCAGUUGUUGUCGUAAGACUCGAGAUAUUUGCUGUUGUAUAUCUCACGGACAGAUGAAGAUUGCUCCUCGAGUUGAAAAUACGAUAUUUUUCAUCAACGGACAGCCCAAUACAACUUAUCGAGAAGAAGAUUUACCCUUACCUGAAGUCAGAGAAGGUUGUUGUACUCAUUGUACGAACAAAUGUCGGUGUUGGUGCUGUCGAAGAAAUAUCUUGGUCAAACUCACAAAGAAGAUACACAGCAAAUCGGAACGAAAAGCUGAACGAGUCAUCACAAUGACUGUCGAGUAUGUCAAAUACAGCAAUAUUGACACACCUUCUCAUGUGCGUCUACUCACUGGACAAGAACAAGCAAACUUUUACAAAGAUAGGUUUCACAUCGAGAAGGAACUGAAAUUCUAUUUAGUUAACAACAAUGAAUUCGAUCCGACGAACUUUGAUGUGAAGAAAGAACAAGCAGAAGCUCUGUGUCGAAUGAUAAAGCAACUGAAAGGAAUGAGAAGUAAGUAUCCAUCGGAGACAGAUCUAGUCGAAAUUCUCAAUCAAUCACACCUGAAAACAUUUGGUCAAGUCUUCGCUGAACCAGUUCUAUAA